AUGCCGGUACCUCCACCGCCACCACCACCGCCUUCGUUAAGCGUUAAAUCAGGCGCUACCGCUUUGCAACCUAAAAUUAAUGACCGGUCCAAACUACUUAGUGAAAUUCAAACUGGUAUGAAGUUGCGGAAAACUAUAACUAAUGAUAGAUCUGCACCAGCAGUCGGAGGAAAAGUUGCAGAUUUGUCGGAGAUCAGUGGCGGGACUGCCAUUACUGGCGGAUCAAAAGCUCCAGCUGUUGGAGGAGUUAGUGGUCUUUUUGUGAAUGGUAUUCCGAAAAAGCCUUCUGAUAAUAAAAGGAAUCAAACAAAUGUCUUUAAAGGUGCUAUAGCUAGCCUACCGCUGCUACCAAAACCUUCUGAAAUGCAUUCAGCAAAGCCGGUAACACACUCGGGAUCUCAAGAACAGCAGAUUUCGACAUCGUUGACAGAAUUUUCCGAAACUUCUAAUGCGUGUCGUCAAACUUCUGCUGGAAUAGCCAGCCGCCUAAAACAGUUUAAUCAGGUCAGUCGACCGGGACUAGCACCACCAAUACCACCAUCGCUCAAAACCAAGCCAACUGUUGAUGAUAUCAAGUCUGCAGCGAUAAAGAAAAUUUCUAUUCCAGAACAGUUCAAAACUUUGAGACCGAAUAGGACUGCUAAUGAUGUCUCUUCUUUGCGUCGAUCUGGUAGUUCUGAUGAUGUAAGAAAUUCUCAACCAUCACUAUCGAAUAAUCGUAGCACACCUCCAUCAAGCGCUCCUCUACCUUUGAAUCCAUCUAGUUCGACUAGAAUUCCGAAACCAGCAUGUCCUCCUCCUCCACCACCUAAUCAGGCAUCUCGAAUCGGACGUCCAGUGGCUCAUCCAUUCAACCAUUCUAUACCAGCUUCUUUUCCGGGAACACUUCCCAAUGCAUCAAUCGACAAUGAUUCACCUCCUCCACCACCACCUCCUCGAAUAGCUUCCUGUACCGAUCAAAUGGAUCGUUUCACCUUUAUUCCUGUCAGAUAUGUCUUAAUCCCGUAUAUGUCUGCUCUUUACUGAAUUGACAUUGAUGGUUUGGAAGUUUAUUUCCCUUAUGACUACAUCUAUCCAGAACAAAUUCUCUAUAUGGAAGAAUUGAAAAAAACUUUGGAUGCAAAAGGACACUGUUUACUGGAGAUGCCAUCAGGUACAGGUAAGACUGUUUCAUUACUUUCUCUUGUAGUGGCAUAUAUGCUGCGCUUUCCUGAUCAUCUGGACAAGCUUGUCUAUUGUUCGCGAACAAUUCCUGAAAUUGAAAAAUGCGUUGAAGAACUUCGCAAUCUUUUCAAAUAUUACGAGCAGUGUGAUGGUAAAACGCCAUCUUUAUUUGCGGUGGCUCUUUCUGCUCGUAAAAAUUUGUGCAUUAAUGAAUCAGUAUCUUCGUUACGACAGGGUUCUCUGGUUGAUGGAGCUUGUCAAAAGCUGACGGCAAGUUUUAUGCGCGCUAAACGUAGGCUUCGUCCGGAUUUACCAUUCUGUGCAUUCUUCGAAAAAUUAGAUGAACAAAAAAAUUUCAGUUAUCCAAACGGUGUAUACAAUUUGCAAAAUUUGAGGAAACUAGGCCAGCAGAAGGGAAUCUGUCCCUAUUUUUUGUCACGCAAUGUUGUCGAUCGUGCAAAUAUUGUUGUAUAUUCUUAUCAUUAUAUUUUGGACCCGAAAAUUGCGGAAUUGGUUUCAAAAAAUUUUAGUCGCCACUCAUGUGUUGUUUUUGAUGAAGCUCACAACAUUGAUAAUGUUUGCAUAGAGUCAAUGAGCGUAUCUUUAACAAAAACAACAGUUGAAAAAGCAACGCAGAAGUUAGGUAUACUUGAGGAGCAUGUACAAAGGUUGAGGGAGGAAAACAGUGAUCAAUUGCGGGUGGAGUAUGAUCGUUUAGUUGAAGGAUUGAGGAGUAUCGAAGAAGAACGUGCGAACGAUCAAGCUUUAGCAAACCCUGUUCUUCCUGACAUGAUUUUGAAAGAAGCGGUGCCUGGAACAAUACGAAAUGCAUUACAUUUCAUUUCAUUUUUGCGUCGUUUCAAUGAAUAUCUAAAACAUCGGAUGCGAACAAAAACGGUUUUAAUUGAAAGUCCAGCAGCAUUCCUUCGCGACAUUAAUGAUUUGAUGCAUAUUGAUCGAAGACCACUCAGGUUUUGUGCGGAACGAUUUGCAUCAUUAACACGAACUUUGGAAUUGGCUGACAUAUCAGAUUUCAGUUCAUUAGUGUUAAUUACAAAUUUUGCAACUCUUGUAAGCACAUAUGCACGAGGUUUUGCAAUUGUAAUUGAGCCAUUGGAUGAGAAAAGUGGUACUGGCCAUAGCUGUAUAUUACAUCUAAGUUGCAUGGAUGCUUCAGUUGCUAUUCGUCCUAUUUUUCAACGAUAUCAUACAGUUGUCAUCACUUCGGGGACUUUAUCGCCACUUGAUAUGUAUCCAAAAAUUCUGGACUUUGAUCCAGCGAUUAUGGCAAGCUUAUCAAUGACUCUAGCAAGACCAUGUAUUGCGCCACUAAUUGUUUCAAAAGGCAAUGACCAAGUUGUUAUGACAUCUCGCUUUGAAUCUCGUGAAGACGCUGCUGUUAUUCGGAAUUACGGCAGUCUUGUUUUGGAACUUGUUUCUUUAGUACCAGAUGGUGUUGUGGUUUUUUUCACCAGUUAUCUUUAUAUGGAGAAUGUUAUUUCAACAUGGUAUGAUCAGGGCAUCAUUGACGAAUUAUUGAAAUACAAACUUUUGUUCAUCGAAACAACCGAUGCACUCGAAACAAGUAUUGCUUUAGAGAAAUAUGUGGAGGCAUGUGACUGUGGCAGGGGUGCUGUAUUCUUUUCUGUUGCAAGAGGAAAGGUAUCCGAAGGGAUUGAUUUUUCACAUCAUCUUGGUCGCGCCGUGAUAAUGCUUGGUGUUCCAUAUGUAUAUACGGAAAGUCGUAUAUUGCGGGCGCGAUUGGAAUAUUUACGAGAACAGUUGGGAAUAAGAGAAAAUGAUUUUCUAACAUUUGAUGCGAUGCGGCAGGCAGCGCAAUGCAUGGGUCGUGCACUGAGAGGAAAAAGCGAUUACGGUUUGAUGGUGUUCGCUGAUAAGAGGUUUUCACGGAAGGAUAAAAUGGGUAAACUUCCUCGUUGGAUUCAGGAAUAUAUAACCCCUGGUAAUGUCAACCUCAGCAUUGAAGAAGCUGCUAUAAUAGCAAGAAAAUGGUUUCCGCUAAUGGCGCAACCAUUCACCAAAGAGCAUCAGUUGGGGAUUUCAUUGCUUACUGAAGAAAUGCUUCGCGAAAAGGAAUUAUUGGGGAAAAAAUUUGGACAUGUUUUAGAAGAGGUUGAUUAA